AUGGUCGAUAUGUCAGAGUUUGGGGAGGCUGCUCCCUACCUCCGAAAGAGUGAGAAGGAGCUGAUGAAGGCUCAGACCGUGGCCUUUGAUGGGAAGAAGAAAUGUUGGGUUCCUGAUGAAAAGAAAGCUUAUGUUGAAGCCGAAAUUACAGAAACCAGUGAAGGCAAAGUGACCGUUCAGACAACGGAUGGAAGGACCAUGACUAUAAAAGAAGAUGAUGUGCAGACCAUGAACCCUCCCAAAUUCGACAUGAUUGAGGACAUGUCUAUGCUGACCCACCUGAACGAGGCGUCUGUGCUGUACAACCUGAGGAAGCGCUACAGCAAUUGGAUGAUCUAUACAUACUCCGGUUUAUUCUGUGUGACCAUAAACCCCUACAAGUGGUUGCCUGUCUACAAAUCGGAGGUGGUUGCUGCGUACAAAGGCAAGCGGCGCUCGGAGGCUCCUCCCCACAUCUUCUCCAUCGCUGACAACGCGUACCACGACAUGCUGCGGAAUCGGGAGAAUCAGUCUAUGCUGAUCACCGGAGAAUCUGGCGCUGGUAAGACUGUCAACACAAAACGAGUCAUCCAGUACUUUGCCACAGUGGCAGCCCUGGGUGAAACGGGUAAAAAGAAUGUAAGUCUGCUGCUGCCAGCUACAAAAACUGGGGGAACCUUGGAGGAUCAAAUCAUUCAAGCAAACCCAGCCCUAGAAGCUUUUGGAAAUGCCAAAACCUUGAGAAAUGACAAUUCCUCACGUUUCGGUAAAUUUAUCCGAAUCCAUUUUGGAACUACAGGCAAGCUGUCAUCUGCUGAUAUUGAGAUUUAUUUAUUGGAGAAAUCCCGAGUGAUUUUCCAGCAACCUGGUGAAAGAGACUAUCACAUCUUCUACCAGAUCCUGUCAGGAAAGAAACCAGAGUUACUAGACAUGCUCCUGAUCUCUACCAACCCAUAUGACUACCACUUCUGCUCACAAGGAGUGGUUACAGUGGACAACUUGGACGAUGGAGAAGAGCUGUUGGCAACAGAUCAAGCCAUGGACAUCUUGGGAUUUGUGCCUGAUGAGAAGGCUGGUUCCUACAAGCUCACAGGUGCCAUCAUGCACUUUGGGAAUAUGAAAUUCAAGCAAAGACCCCGAGAAGAGCAGGCAGAGGCUGAUGGCACUGAAAGUGCUGACAAAGCAGCCUACCUGAUGGGAAUCAACUCCUCUGAUUUGAUUAAGGGUUUGUUGCACCCUAGAGUGAAAGUUGGCAAUGAGUAUGUGACCAAAGGUCAAAGUGUUGAACAGGUUCUGUAUGCUGUUGGGGCCUUAUCUAAGGCAGUGUAUGAUCGAAUGUUCAAAUGGCUGGUGGUCCGUAUCAACAAGACCUUGGACACUAAGCUGCCAAGACAGUUCUUCAUUGGAGUCCUGGAUAUUGCUGGGUUUGAAAUCUUUGAUUUUAACAGCUUUGAGCAGCUGUGCAUCAAUUACACUAAUGAGAAACUGCAACAGUUUUUCAAUCAUCACAUGUUUGUCCUGGAGCAAGAAGAGUAUAAGAAGGAAGGCAUUGAGUGGGUAUUCAUUGACUUUGGCAUGGACCUGCAGGCCUGCAUUGAUCUAAUCGAGAAGCCACUGGGAAUCCUGUCUAUCCUUGAAGAGGAAUGCAUGUUCCCAAAAGCCACAGAUAUGACAUUCAAAUCCAAACUCUACGACAACCAUCUUGGCAAGUCACCCAAUUUACAGAAGCCCAGACCUGAUAAGAAAAGGAAAUAUGAAGCUCACUUUGAACUCCUUCAUUAUGCUGGUGCCGUUCCCUACAACAUCAUUGGGUGGCUUGAGAAGAACAAGGACCCGCUUAAUGAAACCGUAGUAGGCAUUUUCCAGAAAUCCUCCAACAAGCUCCUGGCAAGCUUGUUUGAAAGCUACAUUGGUGCUGACAGUGAAAUGCCAAGGGACCAGGGUGGAGAAAAGAAACGCAAGAAAGGUGCUUCGUUCCAAACAGUGUCCUCAUUGCACAAGGAAAAUUUAAAUAAGCUGAUGACUAACCUAAAAUCUACAGCCCCUCACUUUGUACGAUGCAUUAUCCCAAAUGAAUCAAAAACUCCAGGCGAAAUGGAUGCAUUCCUUGUUUUGCAUCAGCUCCGCUGUAAUGGUGUCCUGGAAGGCAUCCGCAUUUGCCGGAAGGGUUUCCCAAACAGGGUGCUGUAUGCUGACUUCAAACAAAGGUACCGCAUCCUGAAUCCAGGAGCAAUCCCAGAGGAUAAGUUUGUGGAUAGCAGAAAAGCUGCUGAAAAACUGAUGGCAUCUUUAGAUGUUGACCAUACCCAAUAUCGUUUUGGGCACACCAAGGUGUUCUUCAAGGCUGGUCUCUUGGGCCAUCUAGAAGAAAUGAGGGAUGAGAGACUUGCAAAAAUCUUAACGAUGAUCCAGGCAAGAGCGCGCGGCAGAUUGAUGAGGAUUGAGUUUCAGAAGAUAGUGGAGCGCAGGGAUGCCCUUCUUGUAAUUCAGUGGAACAUCCGUGCUUUUAUGGCUGUCAAGAACUGGCCUUGGAUGAAGCUUUUCUUUAAGAUCAAGCCUCUCCUGAAGACUGCAGAAACUGAAAAGGAGAUGGCCAAUAUGAAGGAAGAAUUCUUGAAACUGAAGGAGGCCCUGGAAAAAUCUGAAGCCCGGAGAAAGGAACUUGAGGAAAAGCAAGUCUCUUUAGUUCAGGAAAAAAAUGAUUUGCUUCUCCAGCUCCAAGCUGAGCAAGACACUCUGGCAGAUGCUGAGGAACGUUGCGACUUGUUGAUUAAAUCCAAGAUUCAGCUGGAAGCCAAAGUCAAAGAACUGACAGAGAGGGUCGAGGACGAGGAAGAGAUGAAUUCUGAGCUGACUUCUAAGAAGAGGAAACUAGAAGAUGAGUGCUCUGAGCUCAAGAAGGAUAUUGAUGACCUCGAAAUAACACUUGCAAAAGUAGAGAAAGAGAAACAUGCUACUGAAAACAAGGUCAAAAAUCUGACAGAAGAAAUGGCAACACUUGAUGAGAAUAUCAGCAAACUUACUAAGGAGAAAAAGUCCUUGCAGGAAUCUCAUCAGCAAGUUCUAGAUGACCUACAAGCAGAAGAGGACAAGGUCAACACACUGAGCAAAGCUAAAGUGAAACUGGAACAGCAAGUGGAUGACCUUGAGGGAUCACUGGAACAAGAGAAGAAAGUGAGGAUGGAUCUAGAAAGGGCAAAACGCAAACUGGAAGGGGACUUGAAGCUGACCCAAGAGAGCGUCAUGGACUUGGAAAAUGAUAAACUGCAGAUGGAAGAAAAGCUGAAAAAGAAAGAAUUUGAAAUGAGCCAGCUGAAUUCCAAGAUAGAAGAUGAACAAGCUAUAGUGAUGCAGCUGCAGAAGAAGAUAAAGGAGCUUCAGGCUCGUAUAGAAGAACUAGAAGAGGAGCUGGAAGCAGAAAGAGCAGCUCGAGCCAAGGUGGAAAAGCAGAGAUCAGACUUGGCCCGAGAGCUGGAGGAACUGAGUGAGCGGCUUGAGGAGGCUGGGGGAGCCACAGCUGCCCAGCUGGAGAUGAACAAGAAGCGUGAGGCGGAGUUCCUGAAGCUGCGGCGGGACCUGGAGGAGGCCACGCUGCACUACGAGGCCACGGCCGCCACGCUGAGGAAGAAGCACGCAGACAGUGUGGCCGAGAUGGGGGAGCAGCUGGACAACCUGCAGAGGGUCAAGCAGAAACUGGAGAAGGAGAAAAGCGAGCUGAAGAUGGAAGUGGAUGAUCUGUCAUCCAACAUGGAGCAGAUGGUCAAGGGAAAAGCCAAUGCAGAGAAGCUUUGUCGCACUUAUGAAGAUCAUCUCAACGAGACAAAAACAAAACUGGAGGAAAUGACUCGCCUCAUGAAUGACCUCACUACUCAAAAGACUAAACUCCAGAGUGAGAAUGGUGAGUUUACUAGACAACUCGAAGAGAAGGAGUCACUGAUAAGUCAGCUGUCCCGGGGUAAAACAUCCUUUACACAACAGAUUGAAGAACUUAAGAGACAGCUAGAAGAGGAAACCAAGUCCAAAAAUGCCCUGGCUCAUGCCCUGCAAGCAGCCAGGCAUGACUGUGAUCUCUUGCGGGAGCAGUAUGAGGAGGAGCAGGAAGCCAAGGCAGAGCUGCAGCGGGCUCUCUCCAAGGGAAAUGCAGAGGUGGCACAGUGGAGAACAAAGUAUGAGACUGAUGCCAUUCAGAGAACUGAGGAGCUGGAAGAUGCCAAGAAGAAGCUUGCUGCUCGCCUGCAAGAGGCUGAGGAAGCAAUUGAGGCAGCCAAUGCCAAGUGCUCCUCUCUGGAAAAGACGAAGCACAGGCUGCAGAAUGAGCUGGAAGACAUGAUGAUUGACCUAGAGAAGGCCAACUCAGCAGCUGCCUCGCUGGACAAGAAGCAGCGUGGUUUUGACAAGAUCAUCAGUGACUGGAAGCAGAAGUACGAGGAGUCACAGGCAGAGCUGGAGGCUUCCCAGAAGGAGGCCCGUGGCCUCAGCACUGAGCUCUUCAAGCUGAAGAAUGCCUAUGAGGAGACACUGGACCACCUGGAGACUUUGAAAAGGGAAAACAAGAACCUCCAAGAGGAGAUUUCUGAUCUGACCAAUCAGAUUAGUGAAGGAAACAAGAGCCUCCAUGAAAUAGAAAAAAUCAAGAAGCAGGUUGAGCAAGAGAAGUCAGAAGUUCAGCUGGCUCUGGAAGAAGCAGAGGGAGCUUUGGAACAUGAAGAAAGUAAGACCCUUCGUUUUCAGCUUGAACUUUCUCAGGUUAAAGCAGAGUUUGAAAGGAAACUGACAGAAAAGGAGGAAGAAAUGGAAAACAUAAGGAGAAACCAGCAACGUGCCAUAGACUCACUGCAGUCCACCCUGGAUUCUGAAGCCCGCAGCAGAAACGAGGCCAUCAGGCUUAAGAAGAAGAUGGAAGGGGACCUCAAUGAGAUGGAAAUCCAGCUCAGCCAUGCUAACAGGCAUGCUGCAGAAGCAACCAAGUCAGCACGAGUCUUGCAGACACAAAUAAAGGAGCUUCAGGUGCAGCUGGAUGACUCAGGACACGUGAACGAAGAUCUGAAGGAGCAGCUGGCGGUCUCUGACAGGAGAAACAACCUUCUCCAGUCAGAGCUGGAUGAGCUGAGGGCUUUGCUGGACCAGACUGAAAGGGCAAGGAAGCUGGCAGAACACGAACUGCUGGAAGCCACUGAACGUGUGAACCUGCUUCACAGUCAGAACACAAGCCUGAUCAAUCAAAAGAAGAAGCUGGAGGGUGACAUUUCCCAGAUGCAGAAUGAAGUCGAAGAAUCACUCCAGGAGUGCCGGAAUGCAGAAGAAAAAGCCAAGAAAGCAAUCACAGAUGCAGCAAUGAUGGCUGAGGAGCUCAAAAAGGAGCAGGAUACUAGUGCUCAUUUAGAGAGAAUGAAGAAGAACAUGGAGCAAACCAUUAAAGACCUCCAGAAGCGACUGGAUGAAGCAGAACAAAUAGCUCUGAAAGGUGGCAAGAAGCAGAUCCAAAAACUGGAAUCCAGGGUUCGUGAGCUGGAGAAUGAACUUGAGACUGAACUCCGUCGCAAUUCAGAUGCCCAAAAAGGAGCCCGCAAGUUUGAGAGACGCAUAAAGGAGCUGACUUACCAGUCAGAAGAAGAUAAGAAGAAUCUUGCCAGGAUGCAGGAUCUGAUUGACAAGCUACAAUUAAAAGUGAAGAGUUACAAGCACCAAGCAGAAGAAGCUGAAGCUCAAGCCAAUCUGUACCUCUCGAAGUACAGAAAACAGCAACAUGAUCUGGAUGAUGCUGAAGAAAGGGCUGAAAUAGCUGAAUCUCAAGUUAAUAAGCUGAGGAGCAAGGCAAAAAAGAGUGAGGUUGUUACUUUUAGGAAUGAUAGAAAGAGGAGCUGGGUCAUUGCUAAAUCUAUCUCAUUUGCAAGUUUAACAAACUUCCAUGCUUAAGAUCACAUAUGUUUUGUAGCGUUGAUAGCUCCCAAGCUAAGAAAGGGAGAAAACCCCUUUACACUCUUAAUUUCUGCUUUUGUAUUGGCCUAAUGAAAUCACCUUUGACUGAUAUAAAUUACUGCUGCUCCACCAUCUAGAGCAAAGACAUAUUAAAACUACCUGGAUAUCUGGUUUAUCACACAUUUAUGCACAAUGGAAGCAGUAUUGCAAUGGAACCUCAAAAGAUUUGCAGCUUUUAAGGAUAAAAAAUUUCCACUGAUUUUUCUAAAUUAUUCUACCCCUACAAAAAAAAAAACCAAAAACAAAACCAUUAUAAACUUAUUUAAAGAUUCACAAAUCCAUGGCAUCACACAAGCACUGAAAAAGGUACACCAUGAGCAUAAUUUAUUUUUUUAAAUACUGUUAAGGAUUAAUUUUUUAAUUUAUUAUUUUAAUUUAUUUUAAUUUAUCAUUAGUCUAUUUCCUGUACCUUACUGGUACCCUCUUUCUGCUUCAAAAAUGCAAAAGUCACAGAAAAGUGGAUGCCUGUUUUUACUAUUCAGAUGCUGUUUGCCAACACAAACUGCAGCUCUGGCAAUGGAGCAGCGUUGCCAAAAGAUGAGCUCAGUGGUACAUGCAGCGGUGGCAGCUCCACAAGAACGAUCUUGUGGCAGCAACUGUAGGAGCAGCCAGGAACACAUUCAGGCGGAGACUGCUGUCCCAAAAAUCACAACAUCUCCUUUGGAGAGAGAAGGGCACUGCAGAGACUACUUUAAUCCUGCAGCAUCAGAAAUACCUUGUCUACUGCUACCAAUACCUAUUUCCUGGAUACUCUGGGGAGUGUGUGUCAUUCAGAGCACUACCAUCAAUUAAAAAAGGGUUGUAGAAGUCCUCUGCCAUCAAAAGAAUCUAUAUAAUCUAGAACAAGGACAGGAUACCUGCACUGUUAGCUGGAAUAAGAUGGGAAACGUGCUAGUCUAUUUCAGACACAAACUGGUAGUACCAGGGAACAGAAGCAUUAGUGCAGCUUUUGUCAUUUACUUGUGAACUUACACUACAACCUCUUGACAU